UUGAUAUUUUUUGGGGGUGCGGGCCGGGACGGGGAGAACCGAUUUUCUUUGCACGGAAUUCAACUCGCGUCAUCGCUGAUGGACAUCGUCAACAGACAUCACCGAUAGACUUUGUGGUGGUGUGGUGGUGGUGGUGGUGUGGUGGUGGUGGUGGUGUGGUAGUGGUGGUGGUAGUGGUGGUGGUUGUGGUGGUGCGGUGGUGGUGCGGUGUAUUGGGGGGUUACUCGAUGGGGGUGUAGGGGGGGUGGUGGGUCUGUCAGUCAGUCAGUGAGGUGCGAUCAGAGGCAGGAGGAGGGAGUGAGUGAGUUUGUGGGUGAGUGAGCUAGUGAGUGAGUUAGCGAGUAAGUUAGUGGGUGAGUGAGUUAGUGAGUUGGUGAGUGAGUGGGUUGGUGAGUGAGUGAGUUUGUGGGUGAGUGAGCUAGUGAGUGAGUUAUUGGUGAGUUGGUGGGUGAGUUUGUGGUGAGUGAGCUAGUGAGUGAGUUAGUGGGUGAGUUAGUGGGUGAGUUGGUGAGUGAGUUAGUGAGUUUGUGGUGAGUGAGUUAAUGAGCGAGUGAGUUAGGGAGUGAGUGAGUGAGUAAAGUAGGGAGUGAGUGAGUUAGGGAGUGAGUGAAUUAGGGAGUGAGUUAGGGAGUGAGUGAGUGAAUUAGGGAGUGAGUUAGGGAGUGAGUGAGUAAAGUAGGGAGUGAGUGAAUUAGGGAGUGAGUUAGGGAGUGAGUUAGGGAGUGAGUUAGGGAGUGAGUUAAUGAGCGAGUGAGUUAGUGAGUGAGUAAAGUAGGGAGUGAGUGAGUUAGGGAGUGAGUGAUUUAGGGAGUGAGUGAGUUAGGGAGUGAGUUAGUGUCCCUUUGAGCGAGUCACUGAGUGAGUUUGUGACAUUGUGAGUGAGUCAUUGAGUGAGUUAGUGACAUUGUGAGUGAGUUAGUGACAUUGCGACUGAGUCAUUGAGUGAGUUAGUGGCAUUGUGACUGAGUCAUUGAGUGAGUUAGUGACAUUGUGAUUCAGUCAUUGAGUGAGUUAGUAACAUUGCGAGUGAGUUAGUGACAUUGCGACUGAGUCAUUGAGUGAGUUAGUGACAUUGUGACUGAGUCAUUGAGUGAGUUAGUGACAUUGUGACUGAGUCAUUGAGUGAGUUAGUGACAUUGUGACUGAGUCAGCGAGUGAGUUAGUGACAUUGCGACUGAGUCAUUGAGUGAGUUAGUGGCAUUGUGACUGAGUCAUUGAGUGAGUUAGUGGCAUUGUGACUGAGUCAUUGAGUGAGUUAGUGAUAUUGCCAGUGAGUCAUUGAGUGAGUUAGUGGCAUUGUGACUGAGUCAUUGAGUGAGUUAGUGGCAUUGUGACUGAGUCAUUGAGUGAGUUAGUGACAUUGCCAGUGAGUCAUUGAGUGAGUUAGUGACAUUGUGACUGAGUCAUUGAGUGAGUUAGUGACAUUGCCAGUGAGUCAUUGAGUGAGUUAGUGACAUUGCCAGUGAGUCAUUGAGUGAGUUAGUGACAUUGCGAGUGAGUCAUUGAGUGAGUUAGUGACAUUGUGACUGAGUCAUUGAGUGAGUUAGUGACAUUGCGAGUGAGUCAUCCGAGUGAGUUAGUGGCAUUGUGACUGAGUCAUUGAGUGAGUUAGUGACAUUGCGAGUGAGUCAUUGAGUGAGUUAGUGACAUUGUGACUGAGUCAUUGAGUAAGUUAGUGACAUUGUGAGCGAGUCGUCGAGUGACUUAGUGACAUUGUAACUUUGUCAAGUGAGUCGCUGACCGAGCCACUGCCUUUGUCAGUGAUCCAUUGAGCGAGCGAGUCACCCAGCGAGCGAGCGAGCGAGUCACCCGGCGAGCCAGCGGCUGAUUCAGGAGUUUUCGUGGGCGGCCGCGGUCCGGCCGGCACUCUGGGGGGCAGCAUGGCCGCGGACGAUGCGACGAGUGACGAGCCGCUGAAAGCCGCGCUCAAGAACGGCGGCUGCUGCGGCGGCGGCGGCGGCGGCUGCAACUUCUUCGACCGCAUCGUCAUCAACGUCUCGGGCCUCCGCUUCGAGACGCAGCGCGCCACCUUGUCGCGCUUCCCGCGCACCCUCCUGGGCGACUCGCGCAAGCGCCGGCGGUACUUCGACGCCCGCAACAACGAGUACUUCUUCGACCGCAACCGCUCCAGCUUCGACUCGAUCCUCUACUACUACCAGUCGGGCGGGCGGCUCAGGCGGCCCGACUCCGUGUCGGUGGACAUCUUCGCCGAGGAGAUCCGCUUCUACCAGCUGGGCGAGGGCGCGAUGGCGAGGUUCCGUGACGACGAGGGGCUGGCCCGCGAGCCCGAGAAGCCGCUGCCGGCCGGCCGCCUCCAGCGCCAGGUGUGGCUCCUCUUCGAGUACCCCGAGAGCUCUUCGGCCGCCAAGGGCGUCGCGCUCAUCUCCGUCGCCGUCGUCAUCGCUUCCAUUGUCGUCUUCUGCAUGGAGACGCUGCCACGCUUCAGGGAGGCGCGGGAGGUGCCCGGCGUGGCCGUGCCCGCCGCCGCCGCCGCCGCCGUCACGGCCGCGCCCUCCAACGGCACGGGCGGGACGCCCCACCGGGCGGCCCGGGCGAUGUUCACGGACCCCUUCUUCGUCGUCGAAGCCGUCUGCAUCGUGUGGUUCACCUUCGAGCUGCUCGCGCGUUUCCUGUCGUCGCCGAGCAAGGCGACCUUCUUCAAGGGCCUCCUCAACGUCAUCGACGUCGUCGCCAUCGUCCCCUUCUUCGUCGCCCUCGCCACCGAACUCCUCGAGCUGCAGGGCGGGUCUCACCACGCGACGACCCUCGCCGUGUUCCGCGUCGUCCGGCUCGUGCGCGUCUUCCGCAUCUUCAAGCUGUCGCGCCACUCCAAGGGCCUCCAGAUCCUGGGGCAGACGCUCAAGGCCAGCCUCAAGGAGCUGGCGCUGCUCAUCUUCUUUCUCUUCAUCGGCGUCGUCAUCUUCUCGAGCGCCGUCUACUUCGCCGAGGCGGACAUCCCGCGCACGUCCUUCCGGAGCAUCCCCGACGCCUUCUGGUGGGCCGUCGUCACCAUGACCACGGUGGGCUACGGCGACAUGUACCCCAUCACGGUGGGCGGCAAGCUGGUGGGCUCGCUGUGCGCGCUCGCCGGCGUGCUCACAAUCUCGCUGCCCGUGCCGGUCAUCGUCAGCAACUUCAGUUACUUCUACCACCUGGGCAAGGCGCGCGAGGAGGACACCACGCUCUACUACACCGUGCCCGCAGCCGCCGGUGGGACAGCCGGCGGGACCGGCGCCGGCACCGGCACCGGGCAAGACUUGGCGACGGACUCCAAAAAGAAGGAGGGUAGGAGCCUCGCGGAUUUGCUGGAGAUCGGCGACAUGUUCGUGGAGGGGGAGGACGGGGCGGCCGACAAGUCGAAGACGCGCCCGUCGGCGGGGGUCGAAGGGCGACGCAACAACAACAACGCCGGUACCGUCGUCGUCGCCACCACCGCCACCGUGGACUUUUGCCACACGGAUGUGUGAGGGCUGCUACUGCCGCUGCUACUGCCGCUGCUACGGCCCCGGCUACUGGCCCGGCUGCUACCGCCCCGGCUGUUACCGCCGCUGCUACCGCCGCUGCUACGUGGCGACGGCCACCGGACAUCCUCCGCGGUAAAGUCGCGUGACUUUACCGAAAGAACUAACUGCACCAGUGCUGUGCUAGUGACGAAUUGGCAUGUUCUGUUUACGUGACAACCCUUUACCAGUUGGCUGCGUCGGGUGGUGGUGGGUUUUAGUGAAACUUUCGUAUAUUUACGCACUCGAAACAACCCCCCCCCCCAAAAAAAACGCUCUGUUGUGGAGUUAAAUGUUUCGGUCGACAACUGCGUGCGGGUUCGCGCCCCGGGUAACCGGAGCCUCGCCAUUGUGACCUCGACGACGAUGAUGACGCUUUGGGGAUCCACUUUACAACAACAACAACAACACAAGCAGCAGCGUACAAACAGCAGCGACUCGGUACGACUGUACGAAAGCUUCCUGUACAGAUAUUCGGCACGACUGCGCUGUAACCAAAACCCGCUGUGCCACCCGCCCCCAAAAAAAAUGUCGCAGCAAGCAAAGAAAAGAAACGAGCGUGGCGUUAACGAGCGUGCAAAGAAUAGCGUCACUACUGUACAAAAACUACUGUACACAAACGUGUCAUUACUGUACAAAAACUAUUGUACAAAAAACGAGUCACUACUGUGCAAAAACUACUGUACACAAACGUGUCUCUACUGUGCCGAAAACUACCGUACAAAGAACGACUCACUACUGUACCAAAACUACUGUACACAAACGUGUCACCGCUGUGCAAAAACUACUGUACAAAAAACGACUCACUACUGUACAAAAACUACUGUACACAAAGGUGUCACUACUGUUCAAAAACUACUGUACACAAAUCGUGUCACUGCUGUGCAAAAACUACUGUACACAAACGUGUUACUACUGUUCAAAAACUACUGUACACAAAUCGUGUCACUGCUGUGCAAAAACUACUGUACACAAACGUGUUACUACUGUUCAAAAACUACUGUACACAAAUCGUGUCACUACUGUUCAAAAUCUACUGUGCAAAAACGUGUUACUACUAUGCAAAAAACGACAAAAAAACGCGUCACUACUAUGCAAAAACGACUACAAGAACGUGUCACCACUGUGCCAAACUACUCAACAAAAAACGCGUCACUAAUGUGCAAAAAAACACUGUAAAAAAAGUGGCACUGCUGUGGAAAAACUACGGUACAAACACUUGGAGCUAUUGUGAAAAAAAACUACUGUCCACAAAACGACUCAUUGCUGUGCAAAAUCUACUGUGCAAAAACGUGUCACUACUAUGGAAAAACUGCUGUACACAAAACGUGUCUCUACUAUGGCAAAACUGCUGUACACAAAACGUGUCACUACUAUGCAAAAAACGACUAAAAAACGUGUCACUACUGUGCAAAAUCUACUGUGCAAAAACGUGUUACUACUAUGGAUAAACUGCUGUACACAAAACGUGUCACUACUAUGCAAAAAACUACUAAAAAACGUGUCACUACUGUGCAAAAUCUACUGUGCAAAAACGUGUUACUACUAUGGAAAAACUGCUGUACACAAAACGUGUCACUACUAUGCAAAAAACUACUAAAAAACGUGUCACUACUAUGCAAAAACUACUGUGCAAAAACGUGUUACUACUAUGGAUAAACUGUUGUACACAAAACGUGUCACUACUAUGCAAAAAACGACUAAAAAACGUGUCACUACUAUGCAAAAACUACUGUGCAAAAACGUGUUACUACUAUGGAAAAACUGCUGUACACAAAACGUGUCACUACUAUGCAAAAAACUACUAAAAAACGUGUCACUACUGUGCAAAAUCUACUGUGCAAAAACGUGUUGCUACUAUGGAUAAACUGCUGUACACAAAACGUGUCACUAAUGUGAAAAAAUUAACCCGUAAAAACAAAGUUUUUCACUAUAAAUCCUUUAUAUGCGUGGCGGCUAGAGUCUUCUCGUCCUCUGGCUUGAGAUGGCUGCCACCUAUGGGUCAGAUGAUUGCCUGCCACCAUUAAGCAAUUGGUAAUUAAAUAUAUAUUAAAAAAUCCUAAAAAGUGUAAAGUUAUGGACAUUUUUUUCACGAAAAUUAAUUGUCACGCACAACGAGUCUGUGUGCAAAAUGUGUCAGCUCGAUUGGAUCACGGGAAGUGGGUUAAAAAACGACCGAAAGAUUUGCAUGGUCGUAAGCGCGCAAGCAAGCAAGUGAACUUAAUAUAAAGGAUUUAAAAUAAGUAAACCCGUAAAAACAAAGUUUUUCACUAUAAAUCCUUUAUAUGCGUGGCAUCGGGGCGGCUCGAGUCCUCUCGUCCUCUGGCUUGAGAUGGCUGCCACCUAUGGGUCAGAUUAUUGCAUUGCACCAUUAAGCAAUUGGUAAUUAAAUAUUUUUUUUUCCCCUAAAAUGUUGAAAAUUUUUGACAUUUUUUUUACUAAAAUACAUUGUCACGCACAACGAGUCUGUGUGCAAAAUGUCAGCUCGAUUGGAUCACGGGAAGUGGGUUAAAAAACGACCGAAAGAUUUGCACGGUCCUAAGCAAGCAAGCAAGCGAACUUAAUAUAAAGGAUUUAAAAACCACUGUAAAAAAAAGUGGCUCUGCUGUGCAAAAACUACGGUACAAACACUUGUCGCUAUUGUGAAAAAGACUACUACAAACAUGUCACUACUGUGCCAAAACUACUGUCCACAAACUAUACUAAUAGGGUUAUUCCCAUUUUUUGGCAACAAAACUGACACCUUUUGCAAUGAAUUAUGUCUACAUUAACCACAAUACUUGCAGUCAAAUGCAAACAAAAACACAAUACUCUGUUAAUUUUUGAUUUAAAGCUUUUGUGACUGCAGGGAUUCAUCUUCUUGGUUCUUUCGGUAAAGUCACGUAGAAGGGAAGUAAUACAAUAAUAAAAAUAAAACAUAAUAAAAUAAUUCUCACGACGUUUGCACACUGCACAAGAAAUGUGUCAAAAACAAACAAUAACUACCAGUUUACACUAUGAGACAUCCCCUUUACCAGUGGCAAAAUAUAGUAAUAGAUUUUUACCCUUUAAACUGGUACAAAACUGACGCCUUCAUACAAGGCAUCGUGUUUGCAAUAACCGCAACACAAGCAGUCAAAAUGCAAACAAAAAGAAACAACUCUGAUAAUGGCAAACAUGACGCCAUGUAUAAAGAUGUCGGUUUUGUUGCCAGAUAAAAGGGUAAAAAAAACAAUUAUCAUAUUUUUUACUGGCAAAUGAGGUUCCAAUGGUGUAAAUGCUUCA